AUGGCCAUCAAAGAGACCAACGGAUCCAACGGGGUCAAGGCCACGAACGGUGUUUCUGCCCACUACCACGCAGCGUCCACGGACGCGGCCAUUCAGGCCGAGCAUGACUUUGCGGCUCAUAACUACCACCCCUUGCCGGUAGUCUUUGCCCGGGCUCAGGGAACCUCGGUUUGGGAUCCUGAGGGACGCCACUACUUGGACUUCCUGUCGGCCUACUCCGCUGUCAAUCAGGGCCUCACGGUUGACUCUCAGCUCGCCGCGCUUCUACAACGAUGUCUUCCCUCGCUUUGCCGAGUUUGUGACCGCUACUUCGGAUUCGACAUGGUGCUGCCCAUGAACACUGGUGCCGAAGCUGCUGUCGAGACGGGAAUCAAGAUCGCCCGCAAGUGGGGAUACAAGGUCAAGGGCAUUCCGGAGAACAAGGCCCUCGUCUUGAGUGCCGAGCACAACUUCCAUGUUGCCGCCAUCUCGUUGUCCUCUGACCCGGAAUCGCGCGAGAACUACGGCCCCUACCUUCCUCCGGCAGCGGGACCCAAUUUGGCUGCCUUCUUGGUCGAGCCCAUUCAGGGUGAGGCCGGUAUUGUUGUCCCCGAUGAGGACUACUUGCAGGAAGCUCGCGCUCUACUGGUAUUGCCCGAACUGGCAAGCUGCUCUGCCACGAAUGGAGCGGGAUCAAGCCUGACAUGGUUUUUGUUGGGCAAAGCUAUCUCGGGUGGCAUGUAUCCCGUUUCGUGUGUCCUCGGCCGCAAGGACGUCAUGCUCACGAUCGAGCCCGGCACCCACGGUUCCACCUACGGCGAGGAGGAGAACAUGGUGGAGCGCGCCGAGAAGCUCGGUCACAUCUUCCGAAAGGGUCUGGAAGACCUGAAGAGCCCCCUGAUCCAAACCGUGCGUGGCAAGGGAUUGCUGAACGCCAUUGUCAUUGACGAAUCCAAGACCAACGGACACAGUGCCUGGGAUCUGUGCAUGUUGAUGAAGACUAAGGGUCUGCUGGCCAAGCCUACUCACCAGAACAUCAUCCGCCUUGCCCCUCCACUGGUUAUUACCGAAGAGGAGAUCCAGAAGGCCUUGGAACUCAUCGGUGAGGCUGUGAACGAGCUCCCUCACCUCAAUGGCAAGACCGAGGACCACGUGAUCCCCGCUCCGGAGAAGGACGUCAAGAUCGGUAUUGAGAACUAG